UUGACGGGAAAAAGGCGUAACUGGCAACGCUACCGCCUACGCCGGCAAAACAACAAAAAAAAGUCUUAACUUUAGAUAUAGCAGAUAUCGGUGGCAUUAAUCAUGAUCGAAACACUAUAUAACAUACCCUUCCACAUUCUGGUGCCGCCAAACAUCAAAGUGCGCAAGUUCAGCAUCCCGAUGCCCUCGCCCAUGGCCGUUUUCAGUGUGAUUCUGCUCUCCUAUUUUCUGGUGACUGGAGGCAUUAUCUACGAUGUCAUCGUGGAGCCACCCAGUGUGGGUGCCACUGUGGACGAGCAUGGACACUCGCGUCCCGUGGCCUUCAUGCCGUAUCGCGUCAACGGGCAAUACAUCAUGGAGGGUCUGGCCAGCAGCUUCCUCUUCACCAUCGGCGGCCUGGGCUUCAUCAUUAUGGACCAAACCCAUUCACCGGGAAAGACGAAUCUGAAUCGCCUGCUGCUGACCGCCAUGGGAUUCAUUUUUAUCCUGGUCUCCUUCUUUACCACCUGGCUGUUUAUGCGCAUGAAGCUGCCCAGCUACCUGCAGCCAUAGGAAUCUCUUCUAGAAACGGAACGCUUCUCUCUUAGUAUUCUCUCUCUCUGUUUUUCGUCUACAGUUGGUAAUCUCUACCUCGAACUUUUGAUACAAAACAUUCCAGUUUUGAAGAGACUUCGAGAUAAACACUCAUCUUAUUUUUAUGUUUAACAUUUCAUUUGGAGAUUUGAUAAUCUCAAAUUCGUCGAAUAAAGUAUAGAACUUCCAUUUUGUGAAGCUCUACUGUA